AUGUCUUCUUCAGCAGUCCCUCGCCAAGCACCUGGCACCUCUACAGCCACCAUGUCCACCCCUGGAUCUACAUAUGCUACCUUUGACGCAGUCCGAUGCUCCAGAUGCCAGCUCUCCCUGAGCUCACCCGGUUCUAAGUCAGUCCAAUUCGGUGUCAACUGCUACUACUGCAACCGAUGUGCCACCAUGGUCGGGUUCAUACGAUGA